CUAUCCGGCUCCCCAAGGUUCUUGUCUUCCAGUGUUUCAGCCAUGCGGUUUCAUUGCUCAACACGUCUAGAGAGACAUCCAAAAUGUUUGGAGCAUCAGGGCCACCAGCAAACGGAGCAGAUGAAGAAGGGGUUAGCCUACCCAUAACAGGAGUGGAUUUGAUCUCCAGCGCCUCUGCAGGACAAAAUAAACAGGCUACAAUUUGGGACUCUGUUGGCAAGGAGUUACG